AUGGAUUCUUUAAGGAAACCCUCACCAUCGGGCCCUCAGCGGCUGCCCCCGCCAGCUUUAUUCCAGGGGCCUCCAUCCCACAAUGCCUCCAACAUUUCUCUUGCAGUACCACCAGCCCCAAUAUUGGCAACACCAGCCGGUAGUCAACCUCCGCCCCUCGACCGGAACCAGUCGCGCCGCAGCGAUCGUGCCAACGCGGAAAACCGUGGCCUACUCUCCCCCUUCAUCUCUAAACGUCCUUCAAAAAACGAUGUCGACGGAUCAGAUGCCAUCUGGCAGGAGAUGCAAAGCGCUUUAUCCGAGGUCGAAUUGAGCGCCGUAACAAGCGAGCACGUAUUCGGCGAGAAACACGCUGAAGCAUUAGAAGACCUACGCAUGAAACAAUUGAAACUCGCUCAAGCCUGGGCGCGCAGUGAAGCAGAUGACGAACUCGUCGAUUCCAGUCGCAACACCGCAGAUGGAGAAAGCGCUGCUCGGCGCCCUGGCUCGGCGGACGGUACUGAUGCUCCAUCGACUGAGCAGCGUUCUACGGGAGACCGUUUCCUACACCAUACACUUGAUGAGGAAACGGAAAAAGAUAUCAACCUUGCGCGCAAGCGUCGAGAGGCCAAUGAUCGCUAUUUUGACCGCGUCAACCAAGGAGUGCUGGACGUGGUUGCCAAGCUUGAGGAUGUCUCUCAAGCAAUGCGCACUGUGGAACGGGAAAGCAAAGAUAUCUGGAGCGAUACAGAAAGUGUGACAACAGAUGAAGGUUCCUCUACUCACACGGCUUUAUAA